GUGGCUUACAUGAAUUUACUUUUAUGUGUAGGACCAAGUAUGGCCAAAGAAGUGCGGUCACAUGCGCGGAAAGGCAGUUGUUCCUGCAGAAGAGCACGCACUUAAAAUCGCUGCAGCAAGAGAAGCCAUCGGUGAAUCCGAUUUCUUCUUGGUUGCAAGGACUGAUGCCCGUGCACCCCACGGUCUUCAAGAAGCUAUUAGACGUGCUAACCUUUAUAGAGAGUCUGGAGCUGAUGCCACCUUCGUCGAGGCACCAGCCAACAUUGAUGAGCUAAAGGAAGUUGUAAAUGGUACCAAAGGUUUGAGAAUUGCAAACAUGAUUGAAGGUGGAAAGACACCAUUACAUACACCAGGUGAGUUUAAGGAAAUGGGAUUCCACUUAAUUGCCCAUUCCCUAUCAACAAUCUAUGCUACAACCAAGGCUUUGGUAGAUAUCAUGAAGGUAUUGAAGGAAAAGGGUACUACUAGGGAUGAUUUGGACAAGAUUGUUACUUUCUCUGAAUUUAAUGACAUGAUUAGCUUGGAAUCUUGGUAUGAACUUGAAAAUAAGUUCAAGAAUUUCACCCCAAAAAGUACUACUUGAUUGGAUUUAUUGGGA